CCUGAGAGCAACGGCCUUCUCUAAUUGUGCAUUCAAGAUGAGAUUCUUCUUAGCCGCCUUAGCAACGGUCCUCGUCCUGGUCACCCUUGUCAGCGGUGGCGGCUACGGACAUGGACAUGAUGACGGUUAUGGUCAUGGCGGCGGCCACGGACACGGCCAUGGCGGCUACGGACAUGACGAUGGCCACGGACACGGCCACGGUGGUUAUGGAAAGGGCCACGUCGUCCAUAGGAAGCACUACGGCGGUGGAAAGUCCGACCAGCAUUUCCACUUGUCCGGACCCAAGGGAGGAUACGGACACGGGGGAGGAUAUCACUGAGACCGUUUGUCGUUAUCUGGGAAUAUGAGUGAGAAUAAAUCUUUUUGAAAUGAA